CGCACGACGCCAUGGCAGUAUAUGUAUCGAGCAGAGGGCCUGCCUGCAAGGCUGCAACUACGCAGUCUACGCAUCGUCAUCACUGAGCUAUCUAGCUCCCAUGGAGUCGGAGGACUACACGUUCCUGUGGAAAUGGCGCAAGUACCUGCUACUGCUGGCGACGCUGGUGGCCAGCGUCACCUACGACGCCGGCCUCAACCCGCCGGGCGGCGUGUGGCCCGACGACGGGGACGGGCACGUCACCGGCGACCCGGUGCUCCCAGUGACGUACGGGAGCCGCUACCUUGCCUUCUUCUACUGCAACGCCACGGCCUUCGUCGCGUCGCUCGUCGUCAUCAUGAUGCUGCUCGACCGCCGCGUCAGCGGCAACCGCGUCGGGGUCACCGUGCUCCGGUCGGCCAUGGCGCUCGACCUGUCCGCGCUCAUGGGCGCCUACGCGGCCGGGGUCAGCAGGGACGUGCUCGCCGUGGCGUACGUGUCGGCGCUGUUCGGCAUGGUGUUCGCGUACGUCGCGGCGCACGUCGUCGUGGCCACGUCGGCGCUGCCGCCGGUGGAGUGGCUGCGCGUGUCGGCCAAGAGACUCGCCGGCAGGCUCGAGGAGCUGCUCAGGAAGGGCGACGACGGCGAGCAGCUUGGAGCGGCGUCGCGCGCCGAGGAGGACCGGCAGGAGCGGCGCAAGUUCCUGCUGCUGCUGGCCACCUUCGCGACGCCGCUGACGUACGCCGCCGGGCUGGAGCCGCCGGGAGGGUUCUGGGACAAGACAGAGGGCGGCCACACCGCCGGCGUCCCGAUCCUGCGCGACGGCCGGCCCCGGCGCCGCUACCUCGCCUUCUUCUACUGCAACGCCACGUCGUUCGUGGCGUCGCUCGCCAUCGUCAUGCUGCUGAUGAGCCGGACGCUGAGCGACCGCGUCGUCCGGUCGUACGCGCUGCAGGUGUGCGUGCUGGUGGAGCUGCUCGGCCUCAUGGGCGCCUACGCCGCCGGCAGCUGCCGGAGGCGCGAGACCACCGUCUACGUUCUCUCCCUCGCCGCCGCGGUGCUCCUCUACCUCGCGCUCCAGGUGGCCGUCGGGAUGUUCGCCAUGGGCACCAUCAAGAAAUGGCUCGUCGGCCUCUGCAGGAUCCUGCAGUGCCGAGGCCGACGCAACCUGCACCAAGAACACCCACGCACUGACACUGCCAUCACGCAAGAUGAUCACUUGAUUAGGGAGAUGAAGCCAUGCACGGCAAAGCCGAACGCGCCAUGUCCGGAUGAGGGUGUCGCCGGAGGCGAUGAAGACGAGGGCGACGCGGACGACACGGUGGAGGAGUCGCGGUCGCUGCUGCUCCUCCUCGCCACGCUGGCGGCGACGGUGACCUACGACGCGGGGCUGAACCCGCCGGGCGGCUUCUGGCCGGACGGCGAGCACGCCGGGGAGCUGAUCCUCCUCGAGAGGCACCGCAGGAGGUACAAGGCGUUCUUCCACUGCAACACGGCGGCGUUCGUGGCGUCGCUCGUCGUCAUCGUCAUCGUCCAGAGCAAGCAGCUGAGCUCGGGGGCCGUCGUCAAGCGCCGCGCGCUGCAGGCGGCCAUGACGCUCGACCUGCUCGGGCUCAUGGGCGCCUACGCCGCCGGGAGCUGCCGGGACACGGCCACGACGAUCUACGUCUCCGCCUUGGCCGUCGCCGUCUUCAUCUACUCCCUCGGCAACGUCGUGGCGUUCACGACCAUGGGGCAGCGCAGGGAGACGAGGUUGAUGCGCUGGGUGGACGGGAUGGUCCAGAAGGUUCUAGAGAAGCUGCACCUCUCGGAUGGACAAUCCGGGGAAGAGGACGACGACCUCGAGAAGAAGCGCAAGUUCUUACUGCAGCUCGCCAUCCUCGCCGCCACCGUUACGUACAAGACCGGACUGACCCCGCCGGGUGGGUUCUGGUCGGAGGGCGACGGAGCUGGUGAUCCGGUCCUCCUCGACCACUACCGGAGACGGUACAUGGUGUUCUUCUACUGCAACUCGACGGGGUUCAUGGCGUCCGUCGCCGUCAUCCUCAUGCUCGUCAACCGGCGGCUGUACAAGCAGGGCAUCCGGUGCAACGCGCUCCACGCCUGCGUCGUGGUCGGGCUUCUCGGCCUCAUGCUCGCCUACGCCGCCGGCAGCUGCCGGAAGCUGCGCACGUCCGUCUACGUCAUCGCGCUCGUCGCCGCCGUGGUCGGAUUCCUCCUCCUCCAGAUCCUCCUUUUCCUCCUCGCGAGGCACGUCAUGCCGGCGGCGCUGAGAGAUCGACUGCCGCCAUGGCUGACGAAGCUGUUCGAGCCGCUGUCGCCGCCGCCCCGGAUCAAGCCGGCCGGCGGAGCGCAGUCGCAGGACGCCGGGCGACACACCGAGCAGUACAUGAAGCGCAAGUACCUGAUGCUCCUCGGCGUCCUCGCCGCGAGCGUGACGUACCAGGCGGGCCUCUCGCCGCCCGGCGGCACGUGGAGCGAGGACGGCGGCGCCAUGGCCGGCGGCGGCGGCGGCUUCAGGUACGCCGCGGGCAACCCGAUCCUGCACGACACCGACGUGCGGCGCUACCACGCCUUCUUCCACUGCAACGCGACGUCGUUCAUGGCGUCCGUCGUCGUGAUCGUGCUGCUCCUGCAGCGCACGGUGCGGCGGCACAGCGCGCCGCUGUGGGCGAUGCAGUCGGCCGUGGUGCUCGACCUCCUCGGCCUGCUCGGCGCCUACGCCACCGGCAGCUGCCGGGAGUGGGAGACGUCCGUGUACGUGGUCGCGCUCGUCGCCGCCGUCGUCGUCUACAUCACGCUGCACGUGCUGCUGUCGUUCGACGCCGUGGCGGCCAGGGCGCACAGGCUCAAGGUCUGGAAGUACCUGGGAGGAGGAAGCUCCGAUCAGCACGGCGCCGGCGGCAAUGGCGCAGCGGUGUAAUAGUAGUAAACACGUGAUGGUCUCUGAAUUUUAUUGCCAUGAUUGAUCUUAAGUUUGUAGCCGAUGAUUGUUGAUUGCUCGUAGCUAGGUUUGUACUGGUUGAUUGGAUACUGCAUCUUUUGUACUUUGUGAAAAUUGUAUUGUAGUUUAAUUGAGUGGUGUGUAUGCAUAUAUCGAUUGACUUAUAUCUCUUUACUACUUCUUUCAUAUUUUUAUGUAUGACACCAUUGACUUAUAGAAUUAUG